UAUUUAAAAUACGAUGAAUCACUUAAUGGUUGGCAAGUAUUUAAAAAUUUUGGUAACAUUUCCAUUUCAGCAUCAACGCCCCCACUCAACGUAAACUCAGCAAGUAAUCUCGUCCGACUUGAAUGCUAGAAAGCAAGCGUAUACAAUUAACUGCAAAUACUAUUAGAGAUUAAUUUGCAUAUAUACUCACACUCACCUUGCUCACACACUAAUCCCUCAAAUGGCUUCGACUAAGCAAUCAAGACAUGAACACGCUGGCGAAUAUGAUGGCGAGCCCGGCUGUCAUACACUGCACGAGGUUAACGCCAUGUUCCGCCACUAUUGGGACCCUACAAAAUAUUGGACAUGUGAGGAACAAGGACGUCCAGCCAAACUACAACGCUGUCCACAAUCUCAUCUCUACAUGGAUUCACAAAACCAAUGCGUUAUGUAUACCGAAUGGAAAUGGACAGAUCCCGCCGAGCCGCCAAGCCGUCCGAAAAGCGCAAAAAGCACGUGAGAUCGCUUGGAAUGAAUUUGAUUUACAAAAGCAAUUAAUAGAAAUGAAAGCUAAACGAAACGUGAUUUGAGCUAGCACAUGCAUGCGCCAAUACCUAUGUACUUACAUACAUACAUGCACAGUUAGAUAAUCAGCCGAUAGUGGUGUUCGUGCUGCUUCGAUGCUUGCACCUAUGUACAUGUAUACAUGAUAGAUAAGAUUGUAGAUAUAUUUAUGCUUAUAAGUAUGCCGCAAAUUUGUCAAUGUGAUGUAACAGUUCAGCAAAAACUUAGAUAAGUUAACUCGAACACACCAUAGUAUAUGUGUAUGUAUUUAAAUAUAGCCGAUGACUGAACAUUUGUUUUAAGUAAACAAAUUUUGGAUAUUAUUAAUUAAAUAUUAAAAACUGCCGAGUAAUUAUGUAGGUAGUUCGUUUAAAAAUGAAUUAUGCUUUAUUUAAUUUUAAAGAAAUAUUUAUAGUUGUACAAUUUAAAGGAAAUAGUUUAUGAAAAAACGCUUAUUAAAUACAUAAAUCAUAGAAAAUCUCAAAA